UCAUAAAUUUUAACACUUUCUAAAAUUUUGUCCUAUUUUAUUCAAAAUAUUAGAUAAAUAAAUAUAAAUCCUUCGAUUGUUUUCGUUCGAAAUGAUUUAUACAUUUAGUGACGCAUAAUAGUUACAUAAAUCACAUAUUUAAAUAAAAGAUCAAAAAAUAUUCUUAUAUCUAUGAAACUCGCCUUCGUGAUUCACACGCUUAGAAACGUGGAUCUUUUCCAAGAAUGAUGAAUCAAAUCUAGAAGAAAUCGAAUGAGCAUCAUUAAAAUAAUAGUUUUAUUUAUGUGUAUUUAAAUAUUCUUUUUUCCAUCGUUUAUGGAAUCAGAAAUUAAAAAUUCUCCGUUGUUUGGGACAUUCGAUUAGUAUGCAUUAAACGUAAGUCGUGCACUGCCAGCUACCGGCGGACUAGGCAGUGUCGUCGUAAGUUGGAGAGGGGCAUGUAGAUAGCACGUUACUCGUUCUUCGUUCUAUGCAGUCGCGUGUAAUAUACGUUUGUCGUUCAUCGGUAGUUGACGAGCGCGCUUGAAGUUGUUGCUUUGGUUUGCGAAGGACAUUCAUACCGAUUAGUCGUCCUUUCUCGGUUUACUUGUCGUUUUUUUCGAUACAGCUCGUAAAUGCUAUCUAAUUUAACCUAACACCAUCAAACUUGUCUCACAUCAUGAUACUGGCUCUUGGUCGAUGAAUGGUGGACAAUGAAUUUUUUGGCCCAUGGGGCCAAAUACUCAUCAUAGUUGUGAUAGCAUUGAUCGUCAUUGUUAUCUUGCUCGUGAUCGCCUGUUAUCUAAUACCAGGAUGCCAUGGAUACGAAUACAUUAGGAAACGAAAACAAUUCUUUGCAGAAAGAGAAGCAAAAAGUGUGCCAUUAUGUUUGAAAGGCAAACAAAAUGAAAAUGUGAAGUUGAAUGAUGUCAGCUAUAGAUCUUGGAGAUUGGGCAGUCUCUACGAAGGCAGCAGCAAUGGUACAAUCGAUGAGAAUGCAAGUCCAAACGAGAAUUCCUAUAAUUCCAGCAACGCUCAGUUUGGUUUCACUGAUACCUCGUCCACCCUGAACUUGGUGCAGAAGGAUAAGCAAAAAGCCGAGAAAAAACAAAAAGAAUUCCCCACUGAAUUGACAAUAAGCUUACAGUAUCUGCCGCCUUAUGAUGAGACUAUUACUGGAAAACUCGUUAUCGGUGUCGAGGCAUUAUCCGGUCUUCCUCCAAAGCAAUACAAUUGCACGUUAGAGCCGUACGUGACACUAAACAUUGCGAAGCAAUCGUGGAAUCAUAGGAAACGACAAAGGUUACAUAGUUUUCGAACAAGGAGUAUCAAGCAUACAGCGAGUCCCAUUUUUAAGGAGGCGUUCGGUGUAGCGAACGUAAGUCCUCAGGAAGUUAAGGAAUGGAUUCUCGACUUUAUGGCAUACGAUCAUGACAGAUAUGCUAAUGACACGGAAUUGUGUAGCUUGAAAGUAUCCAUGAAGGAAAUGAAACACGUUCUACAAAGCCCGGAAAUUCAUAUGUUUAAUUUCAGGAUGAAACCAUCUAAUUUGCAAUUUGGAAACAUUUUAUUAGGUAUAAGUUAUUUACCUACAGCACAGAGACUAGCUAUAAAUGUAAUGAAAGUACGUGAUGUCAAGUUUACACCACCAGCAUCGAGUUUAAACAACUUUAAUUUUUAUGUCAGGAUAUUGAUGCUCAAUGGACGAACUGGACAUCGAAUAAAAAAAAAAAAGACUAAAUCCGUCAUUGCGAAUUCACAAACAGAGUUCAACGAAACCCUGACAUUUGAUGUAUUGUAUAAUCAAUUAGACAUUGUGCAAUUUCUUGUCGUGCUUUGCAGCAAAGCUGCACCUCUUGAUAUUGUUGCGAGUAUUAUGGAUCAUCCGAGUGAUAGUGAAGAUUCGUUAACAUCAAUUCAGAAAUCAAAUAAUAUUAAUGUCGGUAAGGUUGCGUUAGGAAAAGGAGUCAGAGGUUCGACAGAAAGAUUACACUGGUUCUCUAUACUUCAAAAUCCUAGAAAAUUAGUUACCGUAUGGCAUGUUCUAAAAUAAAUAAUUAAAUUGCGAAUUUAAAUUUUUAUGAACAUGACUACAAUAAUAAAAUUAAAAUGAAAAUUUGUUUUAUUUCUUAAAUAUCAUAAUAUAUACUUUAGAUUGAAUUUUUUUUUUUGCAUAUCGCGUGCAUUUUAUAAAUUUCUAUAAAAUUUUUAUAUUUUCUAUAAAUGUAUAAAUUUCCAAAGUCUAAUAAUAACUGAAAUCUUAUCGAUAUUAAAGGGAUAAUAGCAGAAAUGUAAAAGAUAAUUCAACAUUAUUGCUCAAUUUGUAUAUGAAUGAUAUCAUUGUUGAUAUCAUUUGAAGAUGAUACCAUUAUUGUUAUUGAAAUUAUAAUAAAUUUGAUAAUAUUAUAAAGUAACAUUAUGUUUACUUUCAAAUAUUAUAUUAUUAAAUAAAACUGUAAAAUUCCAUAAUAUAUGUUACUAUUCCUAGUGAAA